UUCCCGGCCCCUCCCGGGUGCGGGGCGAGACCCUGCGCGCAGUGGGCGCGGCCAGCGCGGGGCGCAGGAGGCGAGAGUCGGGGAGUCGCCGACCCGCACCCAACGGGUUGGCGCGGACGCAGAGCCUUGCGCCUCACGACCUCGCUCUUGUGCGGGGCAGGCGAGCUCAGAGGGCAGGUUCGGCCCCUGGACCCCCUCCCCAGUUGCGCGCAGUCAUCCCGGAGGCUCAGUCCCGCGACCGGGACCCUCGCUUGGCGGGCACAGGGCCCUAGCCCACCCUCUGUCCCCGCCCCGCGCAGCCCGCGCCGCGAUGCCGCUCGGCCCUGCAGCCCCCUGCUAGCGCCGCGCCGGGGACCCCGCCUGCGCCUGGGCUGCGGUGAGCCCCGAAUCAGUCUCUCAUCUGACAACUGACUACUGCCACCACCAGCCUGUGUCCCUUAUCUGGGCCUGUCACCGUGGCACCUCUCAGCAGGGGCCGUAGAAUGAAAGAGAGCAUGUCCAAUAACAGUACCACUAGCAUCUCCCAGGCCCGGAAGGCUGUGGAGCAGCUGAAGAUGGAGGCCUGCAUGGACAGGGUGAAGGUGUCCCAGGCAGCGGCAGACCUCCUGGCAUACUGCGAAGCCCAUGUGCGGGAGGACCCCCUCAUCAUCCCAGUGCCUGCAUCAGAGAACCCCUUCCGGGAGAAGAAGUUCUUCUGCACCAUCCUCUGAGGCCUUUGGUGAUGGACCAUCUCCUUUUCUGUCUGUAGAAACCCCCCAUAAAGAUAGUGCAUGCUCUUAGACUAGGGAGCCACUAUGGCUGGGCUCAAUUCAUUUUUUCAUUGUAUCUGUCAUGGUAUUAAAUUUCUUUUUUUAUGUUAUUUUCAUUCAUAGCAAAGAAAAUAGACAUUUUUGUAGCCAAAUAACAAAUGUGCCGUGUAAAAAUAAGUAUGGGUUUAAGAGUUUACAAUUUUUAAAUGUCAGUUCUCAAGUUUAAAUACAUCAAGUUAAUCAAUGUCAGUGGAUAAUUUAUUGAAAUGAAAAAUUGUGCCCAAGUAGUCUCAUUGACAGCAAUUCUCUACCCAGCGACAGCUUGGGGACCAGCCGAAAUGUGCAGAUAGGGUUCCAUCCUGCAGCUCUGGGAGUACCCACGUGUGACAGUUCCAUCAUCCUAUGGAAAAGGAAUAGCCUGCAGGAUGAGAACAACACAGGGCCCCUAGGGGCUCCAGAAGGGUGGCCUCUACCCUGCAGGAACAGACUACAGUGUCACAGCUUGAGGCGAGCCACCCACUGGUUUGAGCCUUGACAUGUUAACCUAUUUAACCUUUCAACAAUAAGUACAUGAGUGUUGAACUGUUUUAGAGAGAGAGAGAAACUGAGGCACGGGGAGAUGAUGCAGUUUGCCCAGGGGUGUAUAAAGUGAGGUUAUAUAGGAAAGUAGGACUUCAGGGCAGGCAGUCCAACUCCACACCCCUCCCUGAACUCCUGAGCUGGGGUACCUUCAGGUACCUGUCUGCAGGUAGUUACACCUGCAAACAAUCUUAACUACACAUUGGGAGCAAACACGUUUGUAACACUGGCCCACAGCGGCUCAGAGCAUACUUCUCUACCUGCCUUUCCCAGGAGGGAGCUUGGUGAGCCCAUUUGCUGACAGUCUCUAGAUGCCCCAGGGAAAGGCUAGGCAUCCGCAUUAGCUCUUUU